AGUAACGGUAAUCCAACGUCAUUUCCUCUCAUUUAAAAACCCUCGAGCCAUCAGUAGAAGUGUAGCCUGAGGUAAAUAAGUGCAAGAGAUGAUUGUUGCUCCCCCUCACCAACUAAAAUAAACUGAGGUCGACCGCCAUACCUCUGAACGAGACAAAGAGGGAGUUUUUGAAUUUCGUCCCUAACACCGGGCGUUUGGAUGGUAUGGCUGAGUCGAACAGCGCGAGUUUUCCUCACACGACACCGAACGGGUCCAGUCGCCAUGAGAAGAGUUUGGGUCUCCUCACAGUCAAGUUCGUUACUUUGCUUCAAGAGGCCAAAGACGGAGUGCUCGAUCUCAAAGUGGCUGCAGACAGUUUGGCCGUCAAACAGAAGAGGAGAAUCUACGACAUCACCAAUGUUCUGGAAGGCAUUGGGCUCAUUGAGAAAAAGACCAAAAACACCAUUCAGUGGAAAGGGGAGAGUUCAGGCUGCCAGCCUCAGGAAGUUCUUGAGCAGGUUGAACUUCUCAAGGCAAAUAUUGCUGAUCUGGAUAUUCAAGAGAGAGAGCUGGACAUGCAGAAAUCGUGUCUGCAACAAAACAUCAAACACCUGAAUGAAGACCCUUCCAGCUGCAGAUACAGCUACGUGACCCAUGAGGACAUAUGUGAUGCGUUCAGUGGGGAUACUCUUUUAGCUGUCAUGGCACCAUCAGGAACACAACUGGAGGUCCCAGUGCCUGAGAUGGGCCACAAUGGUCAGAAAAAGUACCAGGUGAACUUGCGAAGUCACUCAGCUCCCAUUCAGGUGAUGCUGAUAAACAAAGAGUCAAGCUGCUCCAAGCCUGUUGUUGUCCCCGUCCCACCUGUAGAUGACAUUUCUGCCAUGCCAACUCCUCCUAGUACUCCAGCAGGGCUGCAGAGGUUCCCCAUCUCCUCAGCUGAGCUCUGUGAUCUAAAGCGAGGGCAGCUGAAAAGCCCCACUGCAGAGCACCAACUCACACCGUCCUCCACGUCCCCCGAUAUGCACAUGGAAUGCAACUCUGAGUCCCCCCCUGUCAGUCAGUGUUUGUUGAUGCAGGGGUCUCUAGGUGGCCCUGAAGAACAGCAGAGGGAGAUGGGGGGUCAGGAUCUGCAAUCCAUGUUGGAAGAAAUGAGGGAUGAGAGAGAAGGCGUUUCUAACCUCAUUGAUGAAUUGAUGUCUUCAGAUGUUUUCCCCCUGUUAAGAUAUUUAUGUUUUGGAGAAACCUAUUUGUUUGAAUUGGCUGAGUAA